AUGGAGGAGAAAAGGAAGCACAUCACAGAAAACAAGGAACUGAGUAUUUUGGAAAGCCAGGAGAACCAACUCCAGACCCUUGGAGUUGAUUUACUCAAAUGGCAAAAUGCCCGUCUUCACCACACUGAUGCAUACGACAAUAAAAGUCUGAUUGUAAGACGUGGACAGGAGUUUCAGCUGAAACUGAUGUUUGACAGAGAGCUGAAAGACAAUGACAAAGUGGGGCUGCAGUUCAGUUUUGGUGAUAAACCAAUGAAAUCCAGUGGAACCCUGGUGGCAAUGACCUUGAGGUCUCAACAAGACUCUCAGUGCUGGUCUGCCAAGAUUGCUAACACCAAUGGAAAGGAGUGCCUGGUUACUGUGGCCAGUCCAGCAGAUGCAGCUAUUGGAAAAUACCUUUUGUGUGUGAAAACUGGAGCUGAUGUUUAUAAACCUGGAAACACUGUCUACUUGUUGUUCAACCCUUGGUGUAAAGCUGAUGCCGUUUUCAUGCCUAGCGAUGCUGAAAGGCUGGAGUAUGUUCUCAAUGACACAGGCUACCUCUAUGUUGGAUCAUCAGAAAAAAUAUUUGAGAAACCCUGGAACUUUGGGCAGUUCGAGGAAGAUGUCUUGGACUCCUGUAUGUAUCUCCUAGACAAAAGUGGACUCAAGCAAAACUUCAGAAAGGAUCCCGUGACUGUGUCCAGGACCAUGUCUGCUUUGGUUAAUUCCAAUGAUGAUGCAGGAGUCCUGUUUGGAAACUGGUCAGGAAAUUAUGGUAGUGGGACCUCUCCAUUGGCCUGGACAGGAAGUGCCACAAUUUUACAGAAAUAUUACAAAACUAAAAAGCCCAUCUGUUUUGGCCAGUGUUGGGUCUUCUCUGGAGUUCUGACUACAGUCAUGCGCUGCCUGGGAAUCCCUGCCAGAAGUGUGAGUAACUUUGCUUCAGCUCACGAUACUCAGGAAAAUCUGAAAGUUGACAUCUUCCUGAAUGAAUGUGGAGAAAAAGUGGACAAGCUGACCACAGACUCUGUCUGGAAUUUCCACGUGUGGAAUGAUGUGUGGAUGAAAAGGUCAGACCUGCCGGAGGGCUUUGAUGGCUGGCAGGCAAUCGAUGCCACUCCACAAGAGAUAAGUCAAGGUAUUUUCCAGUGUGGCCCUUCUCCACUGAAAGCUAUCAGAAGCGGAGAAGUCUAUUUGCCCUAUGACUCCAAGUUUAUAUUUGCUGAAGUGAAUGCUGAUAAGGUUUACUGGCUUGUGAAGAAUGUAGCCGGCAAAGACAAAUACAUCAAGCUCCGCGAGGAGACCAAAGCCAUUGGGAAGAACAUCAGCACCAAAGCCAUUGGAAAAAACAUGCGGGAAGACAUCACAGCUCAAUACAAGUUCUUGGAAGGGUCAUCAGAGGAAAGGAAAACCAUGGAAAAAGCUUGCUCCUUUCUCAGAUGUUCAGAUAUGGUAGAUGCUAGGCUCUCCUCUUCUCCACUCACAGCUGGGAUCCAGCUGAAGACAGAUGGUGAAAAAUCUUUGUGGCCGGGCAACCCCAUUGAUUUGAAAAUCAUUGUAAACAGCACUUCAGCUGAAUCAUGGACAGCCAGUCUCACUGCCUCUUGCCAGCUGCAGUCCUAUACUGGGAAAGUAGAGGCCAAUCUUGGAUUUAUCAAGCAGACUGUCCAGACUGAAGGCAAACCUGCGAUUGAGAUCCCUCUGAAUGUGGCAGCUGAUACUUACAUAAAGACACUGGCAUCUGUGGAGGAUGAACUUCUCAUCAAAGUUAAUAUUAUUGCUGAGGUUCAGGAAACGGGUGAAAAGGUUUCUGAUGAGCUAACGCUUGCAUUCCAAUACCCCUCUAUAAAGGUGGAGAUGCCAGAAACAGCAAAGAUCAAUGAAGCUUUCACCUGCGCCUUUGUCUUCAAGAAUACACUGGCAAUUCCUUUGGAAAAGUGUAAAUUGUAUGUAGAAGGACUGGGAUUUUUCAAAAUGGAAAUAUUUGAUGAAGGAGACAUAAGACCUGGCGGGAUCUUUAAAUCUAAGAUUAUCUGUCAUCCUAAGAAAGCUGGAGAGAAAAAAAUAAUAGCCCAGCUAAACUCUCUGCAGGUCAAAGGAAUAUCUGUGGAAAAGAUCAUCAUCAUCACUGAGUAG